ACACUCUAAAGCAACUAUAUGCCAAUAAAUUUUUCUAAUGGCCUUGGGAAUCGGUACACUCAGUUCUGUUUUCAGCCAGAGCAAAUCCCUUCUCUCCCUUCCUAGGCCUCAUUUUUGUUCCAUGUAAAAGAAGUUAGACCAGCCCCAAGAUGAAAAAUAGAUUUGGGGUAGCUGCCAAGUCUGGCUGCUCUGCAGGAGCUGCUGGAGCAGAAAUAUGAACAGAAUGGUGGAGCUACAACUGGGUGCUGGCCACGGGUCGGUGGGUGAGUGGUAGGGUGAAGAGCCAUUUUGCUUUGCCCGGUAUUUUCCUGGUGUUAGCACUUAAAGUCCUGAGACACUUGGUAAUCCCAGUGAUGGCUUACUUGGAUUAGAUAAAGCCCCAACCAGAGCUAUUAAGAAUUUGAUUUUCCCUCACCCCAGUACCUGUGUCUCUACAUGCUACUGGGUUUACUCUCCCUUUUUAGAAAGUUUUUCACUUGUGAUGGGCUCAUUUCCAGCAAUAGGAUACUAAUGCAAGUGUGACCUAAAUUGAAAAUGUGAACUACCCUCAGUAGUUCAUAUGGCAUCUAACGAUGAUGCUAGCUUUCCCUUGAAAAGUUAAAAUAUCCCCAAGUGCCCUGUUGGAGAAGGAAAUGGCAACCCACUCCAGUAUUCUUGCCUGGAGAAUCCCAGGGAUGGAGGAGCCUGGUGGGCUGCCGUCCAUGGAGUCGCACAGAGUUGGACACGACUGAAGCGACUCAGCAGCAGCCCUGUAAGUGUGUGGUGCCUCCACGCAUCUCAGUACAUUUUGGGAUCUGUGACUCUGAGGCAUGAAGCAUUUCUAGAGACAAAAAGGGAUGCUAAGUAAUGUCAAAAGAGUACAUCUCCUAGGAAAAUUUAUCAGUUCUAAACUUGUAAGUACCUAGUAUUAAUACCAUAGUGUCAAAAUAUAUAAAACAAAAAUUUGCACUACAAAUUAAUAAGUGAUAGAGAAGGUGUGGAGAAAAGGGAACCCUCCUGCACUGUUGGUGGGAAUGUAAAUUCGUGCAGCCACUAUGGAGAACAGCAUAGAGGUUCCUUAAAAAACUAAAACUUCCGAUUGAUCCAGCAAUCCCACUGACAAAAAUUAGAACUGAUUCUUGCAGCCAGCAGAAUAAAAAUACAUCAGUAAUAAUAAUAACAUCAAUAAUAAUAUAAAGUUUCCUUAUCACUACAUGCCAGGUAUUAUGCAGUGCUUUAUAAACUCAUCUCAUUUAACCUUUAUGACAACCAUAAUCCAUUUUACAGAUAGGGAAAUGGAGGCUUGAAGAGUUUAUAAUUUCUCUAAGGCCACACAGUAGAUCAAGGAGUGGAGACAAGACUAAAAUCCAAGUCUGCUACCUUUCAAAGCCCACAUUCUUAACCACUAUAAUUAUUGCCUUGCAGGAAUUAUGUCUAAAAGAAAAUUAUGCCACUUUUAAAUCAAUAUGAACUUGGAAGUAUUUAGAGCCCACUAUUAAUGUUAAUUGUGUUUCUUUAUAACUGAAUUCCAUGAAUUUCCCCCAUUUUAAACAAUCUAAAAGAAAGAAUCCAGUUCCAUGAGUAGAGUCCUUGCAAAUUGAAAUUUUCUGCUCUGAUUCUCCACUCUCGUUUUAAGAUUAGUGAAGUACUUUAUGAUUUUCAGAGAAGGUGUGCAGCAAUAUUUGCUCGUUUUUAGUGGGGAAAGUGUGAUCUCCUCCUUAAAAAAGAUAUCUGUGUGUUGGCUUUCGGGGCAAGUUACAGUUUUCAGAAUCCAAGUGGAAUCUGACACUAUGAAACGAUGCCAAGAGAAAAGCAAGGAAAACAAAAAACUAAAGGAGCACCCCUGCCCGUUGUUUCCACUCUUCAAAAGUUCCUGAAAACAUACGAGAAGCAUUGUGUACAGACUCAGACGUCUGUGUGUCCAGCCAUCAAAAGGGACUUGAAAGCCAGCAUCAACCAUGAACGGAUUCUCAGGAAGUUUGUACUGGUAAGACCUGAUGACUCCCCGCCAGGCAUCCUACCAAUUUCCUUGGAACCUUUGCUCAUGACUGUUCGAGAUGAGUGUUACAUGCUGGGGAGAGAGAUCUGCGUCUGGGGCUUUCAGCUGAGCAACCCAGAGAUCGCCAGACUUGCUUUGCUUCUAGAAUCGAAGGGGCACACCCCCUGCCCGUUUACCACCCUGGAACUCAUUGACUGCAAGAUGGAUCCAUGGUCUCUGGGGAGACUUGGGCAGGCUUUGCAUCUCAGCAGUCUGCAUGUUCUUGUCCUCGACUACUGCAAAUUUACACAUGAAGAAAUUGAGAGUAUUUUCUCAGGCCUGGAGAACAACCAAAGGCUUCAAAGACUCAGUCUGCGCUACUGUGGUCUGGGGCCACAGAAUGGACCGAGGCUGGGCUCCAUCGUAUGCCACAGUGCCAUUCGUGAGCUGCACCUCGGUGGCAAUUACUUGCAAUGUACUGGAGUUCUGGGUCUCCUCAGACCCCUGGCAGAGUAUGCAGAGACGCAGGGGAAAGAUCAACUGGUCACUUCCUCACCAGACACCAGGAACCCCCCUCAGCUGCUCCAAGCCAGACAGAGAGGAAGUUCAACUUUGAACCAGAUUACAGAGUCAUCCAGGGCUGUAACAGUGAAAACUACCUCAGGGAAGAAGAGAAAAAAAGGAAUCAAGAAAAAAAUUAAAGAUUUGAUUGAAACUGGUCCUUGGUUAGUGAAGCUGUAUUUGGCAGAUAAUGGCAUAGAUGGAAAGGGAAAAGAAGGAGAAAAUGACUUGUUGGAAUUCACUCAAAUAUUAACAUGCCUGAUCAAAUACUCUGCCCACUUAAAGGAGAUUGACCUUGGAAACAACGUCCUGGGAGAAAAGGCUGCUGUUGACCUACUUGAAGCACUGAGAGCCAGAAAGACAGGUAAACUGCCAGUCUUAAAGAUUACAGUCACUCCCCAGAUCUCUUCAGACACCUUCAAAUCUAUUUGGAAAAACAGCAAGAAAUCUAGUAUUACUCAUAAAAAGAAGAAAAAGGUAUGCUUUUGGCUAUCUAUGCCUGUGAGUAGCAGCCACCAGGGGGCAACUGUAUGGAGCCUGGGUACUCCGUUGGGGUAGAUGGCGCCAUGAGUAGCAAGCACACGGGCUUGAGGAGAGCAUGAGCAUUUGCGUUCGAAGUCACACUCCCCUAGACCAUCAUUCUACUCUGACGGAUGAUGACUGUACCAAGGGACAAGCCGGACGAGAACAGCACAGUUCUCUCAAAGAUUAGUGCAAACUCUGCCGCCUCUCUUUGAACUUCCCCCACCAACGCCUGCCUCCCCCCCAACACACACAUUCUGGUUCCCAUUAGCCUACUGUGGGUCUGAAACGGAGAAUUUAUCUUAAUUCUUUAUGAAGUUGUGCUGUGUUGCCUCUUUUUGUUGUUGUUCAGUCAGUAAGUCGUGUCUGACUCUUUGUGACCCCAUGCACUGCAGCAUGCCAGGCUUCCCUGUCCUUCACCAUCUCCCAGAGUUUGC